AUGAAGAUCUUCGUCGCUGCUGCUGCCUUCGGAGCACUUUCUUCCGCAGCCACCAUCCCCAUCGUUCCCAUUCCGCCGACUCCCACUCCGACAAUAAUAGAACCUCCCGUUAAACCUAUGAGUAAGCCACUUGCAUGCACCAAGAUCUGCGCCGCCGGGCCGUAUAGUCUUAGCUGUGGCAAGGACUGGUUUCCGUUUCAGCAAGGGCGAUGCUGGUCUUGCUGCAGGUGGUGGGAUCGAGGGGAUGAGGAUGUGGCGGAGUAG